CUCUUUUAAACCCUUUCUUUACUUUUAAGCUGCUUUCUCUCUCUACGUGGUGGAAUGUAAUUGCAGACUUGUUACAAGAAAGUAGUAGAACAAGAGGAAACAACAAACGGAAAUCUGUUUCUUUUUGGUUGCUCAGAAACUUGUCCAAAAUAGAAAGUUACAACUUUUCUCAAUGAUUGUUUUUCCAAGAAAAGAAGAAAGUUCACAUUUUUCGUUGCAGUUUCCUGCGUUUCACCCACCCUUUUCUUGUAUUUUCCCAGCAACCAAAUAGAACAAAAAAAUAGAUUGUGAAAUUUCAAUUUGAUUAGUUCAAACUUCAAAAUCUGCGAAUCCGCGCUUCUUUGUCUCUCUUUCUUUUCUUUCCUUCUAUUCCUGUGUUUAACGGUUUUAUAUUAAUCUUUUCUUUCCUUCUAUUCCUGUGUUUAACGGUAUUAUAUUAAAGAUACGCAUUAAAAGACUCCUUUCUGACCUGGCGUAAACGUUUUGUAUUUGAGAAGAGAAAGAAGAAAGGGAGAAAAUGAAGAAUUCUGUUUCGGAACAGAGUUUUUACAUAGAGAGUGAAGAGGAAGAUGAAUAUAAGGAGCACAACAGAGGUGAAGAAGGUGAAGAUGAUGGAAAUCAAUCAGAUUCUGAUUAUUCUUUAGCUGGAAACCGACAACAAAGCAAACCCGGUUCUUACACGACCUCUUGGCCUCAAAGUUACAGGCAGUCGAUUGAUCUAUAUAGUAGUGUACCAUCUCCAAGUAUGAUAUUGGGAACUCCUACACUAUCAAGAUUAAGCAGUUCAUUUCUAUCCUCUUCUCUAACAAGGAGACACACACCAGAAUCACUACCUUCUGUAACUAAACCUCUAAUACCACCAAAGGUAGAAAAUGAGCAGCUUUCAUCACAUUCAGCACUUCCUCCAAUUCCCUCGAGAAGGUCUUCAAUUAGAAAGGAUGAGAAACCAUCCCAGGUUGCACAUGGACUUCCUUUGUCUGGACAAAGCUCCUUUGGACAGGCCGUGCUUAAUGGUAUGAAUGUUCUAUGUGGAGUUGGGAUUUUGUCUACUCCUUAUGCUGUAAAAGAAGGGGGAUGGCUUGGGCUUUCUAUAUUGCUCAUAUUUGCAGUUCUUUCCUUUUACACUGGGAUGCUUCUGCGUUACUGCCUGGACAGUGAACCUGGGCUUGAAACUUACCCUGACAUUGGCCAAGCUGCAUUUGGUACUAUUGGUCGGAUUGCAAUCUCUAUAAUCUUGUAUGUGGAGUUAUAUGCUUGUUGUGUUGAAUAUAUAAUCUUGGAAAGCGAUAACUUAUCCUCAUUAUUUCCAAAUGCACAUAUAAGUUUGGGUGGAUUAGAGUUAAAUUCAUAUCAUUUGUUUGCUCUUAUGUCUACCCUUGCUGUUCUUCCAACUGUUUGGCUUCGAGACCUUACUGUUCUUAGCUAUAUCUCUGCUGGUGGUGUUAUUGCAUCAGUGUUGGUGGUCAUCUGCUUAUUUUGGAUUGGUCUGGUGGAUCAUGUUGGCAUUCGUAGUAAAGGGACAGUACUAAACCUCGGAACUCUUCCUGUUGCUAUUGGUCUCUAUGGUUAUUGUUAUUCAGGACAUGCUGUCUUCCCAAAUAUCUAUACAUCAAUGGCACAGCCUAACAAAUUUCCUAUGGUGCUCUUGACAUGCUUUGUUCUUUGUGCUUUGAUGUACGCUGGAGUUGCUUUUAUGGGGUACACAAUGUUUGGAGAAUCAACAGUGUCUCAGUUCACUCUUAACAUGCCCCAAGAUCUAAUUGCCUCAAAGAUUGCUGUGUGGACUACGGUAGUUAAUCCAUUUACCAAAUAUGCAUUAACCAUAUCUCCAGUAGCAAUGAGUCUGGAAGAGUUGAUACCACCAAACCAUCUGAAAUCUCACAUUUAUGCUAUUUGCAUUAGGACAGCACUGGUUAUCUCCACCUUGCUUGUUGGUCUCACCAUUCCAUUUUUCGGUUUGGUGAUGUCAUUGAUAGGAUCUUUACUCACAAUGCUUGUAACCUUGAUACUUCCUUGUGCUUGUUUUCUGAGUAUCUUGAGAUGUAAAGUAACCAGAUUUCAGGUCACCCUUUGUAUCAUAAUCAUAGUGGUAGGGGUCAUAUCAUCAGCUUUUGGAACUUACUCAGCCAUCUCUAAAAUUGCUGAGAGUUUGAGCAGCUGAAUUUUUAUGUCUCCAACAGUGAGGAUUAAAAUCUUGAUUUUCUGGACUAUAUUCUGCCUUUUUUUUUUUUUUCCUUGUUUCAAAUUUUGUAUUGUAACCUCAGUUCCCUUUAAUGCAUUCAUAAUGAAAUUUUGAUAUGUUUAGUGACAGCACUUAAAAAACAAAAAGAUGAGUUUAUAUUUUAUCUAAUCUGGUGAAUGUUUAUUUCAGUAA